AUGAAGAGGCUGGGAGAAGACAGCCCGUCCGACACUGAGUCUGAUGGGACCAUAGAUGUGGGCAAAGAGGAAUACAGCCAGAUCUCCAGGGCUCACUCCCCCACCACUACAUCGCAGAUGCAAGCCAGGAAAAAGAGGAGAGGGAUCAUUGAGAAAAGACGGCGGGACCGAAUCAACAGCAGCUUGUCUGAGCUUCGUCGUCUGGUCCCUACAGCCUUUGAGAAGCAGGGCUCCUCCAAGCUAGAGAAAGCAGAAAUCCUACAGAUGACAGUGGACCAUCUGAAAAUGCUCCGGGCCACUGGAGGGUCUGGACUCUUUGAUGCCCGUGCCCUGGCAGUAGACUACAGAAGCAUUGGCUUUCGAGAGUGCCUCACUGAAGUUGGCAGAUACCUCGGGAUCCUGGAGGGCCAGAGCAGUACCGAGCCCAUCCGGCUUCGUCUCCUCUCUCAUCUGCACAACUACAUCGCUGAGAUGGUGCCCUCGUCAGGGGCUGCCACCUUCCUGCCUUGCCCAGCUUGGCCCUGGGCAUUCCCCCAUGGCAACUCGGCAGCCUCAGGCCAGCUUCCAAUGCCCCAGCAAGGGCCCAGCCCAGGACUGGCACUUGUAACAGCCUCCUCUCUGGCAUAUUCCAUCCCCAUGCUCCGAACCACCCCUCUCCACCGAAUCUCUGGCACUAUCCUGCCUGCCCGGAAGAGCUUCCUGAGCCGUCGGGUGCCAGCAGGCCCUCCUCGGGCCCGCCUUGCAGGGAGGCCAGCUAGCCCAGCUCCGGUCCCUGUGGGGAGUGGCGCAGCUUCCAGAAACAGCCACAUUGCUGCAGUCCUGCUCUCCUCCCCCUCCUGCUCCCCCUCCCCUGGAGUCCCCAUUCCUCCUGCCUACACAUCACCCCCUGUGCUGAGCCCAUCUGCUCAGGGGCCCACAGGCAGGCUUGCCACUGCCAGACUCUGCCGCUCCUGGACUACUGAGGUUGGGGCUUUCUGAGUCGAUUCCCUGCCAGAUUCCUGGCACAUGCACAACUUGCCAUUCCCUGGGACCGUGGCCAAAGCGGGCCUGGAUGGCACCAUGAUGGAAAGGGCUCCUUCUUCCAUCCCCAUCCUGCCUCUCUCCUCCUCCCUGCUUCUCGUAGUAGCCUCUCCAGUUCCCAUCUUCAUGUCCUCCUUCCUGCCUCCAGGCUCCAUCCAGCUCCCCUUCUCCCAUUCAGUUUUAUUAAUAAUUGUAAAACUGGCUGUCUGGUGUAUCAGAAUGAGCCUUGAACCCAAAGCCAGAGAAUUCGGCUUCCUCUCUUGCCUCUCCUCCUUCCUGACUGGAUGAGCCUAAGGAAACUCCUUCUGGCUGGACCUUCGAUGGAGCCAUGUCAGAAUGGAGGGGUUGGACCAGAUCUUCUCAUCCUACGUCUUCACUUCCAGCCAGUGUUCCCCCAUAUGGAUGUAUUUCAUCAUGUAAUUGACAAGUAGGGCAUUGUGGUGCCCCCUAUAGGUGGUGCUGACAGGGAAGAUUGCCUGGGUGCCAUCGACCGCUGGACAGUCAAAUCAGGCUCCUUGGGCUUUCCUAAAGAGUCUUCAUAUGGACCCCAAUCACAUACCACUAGGUUGCAAUUCCUUGGCUUUGAUUCCUCUGCUGUGGAUGCCCUUUACUGAACCUCAGCCUCCCCUUUAGAGGUAUUCCCUUGAGUGACAUGGCUCUCAGAGCAAGACACUCCAUCUAGGUAACUCAGUGGCAGCUAGUGGACAAGGUCCAUAGGGUGCUGGACUUGGAAUCUGGAAGGUCUAAGUUCAAAUCCUACCCCCA